AUGCCAUACCAAGUGCAGAUCAGAUUCGUAUAACGACAUCCUUGAAAAGCCAAAGAGGAUCAGUGUGGACAAAAAACAAGUCAAUAUUUGAACACUGGGAAGUCGAAGUGACCUUUCGAGUUACAGGAAGAGGCCGCAUUGGAGCUGAUGGAUUGGCAAUCUGGUUUACAGAAGAGCAAGGCUUGGAAGGCCCUGUUUUUGGGGCAGCCGAUAAGUGGAAUGGUGUUGGGAUUUUCUUCGACUCCUUUGACAAUGAUGGAAAGAAAAACAAUCCUGGAGUGAUCGUUGUAGGCAACAAUGGAAAACUUCUGUAUGACCAUCAGAAUGAUGGUUCCACGCAAGCGUUGGCAUCCUGUCAGAGGGACUUCCGCAACAAGCCCUAUCCUGUCCGAGUAAAGAUAACGUACUACCAGAAAGCAUUGACUGUACUAAUUAACAAUGGCUUUACUCCGGAUAAAGAAGACUAUGAAUUUUGUGCGAAGGUGGAAGAUAUGGUGUUGCCAUCACAAGGAUAUUUUGGCAUAUCUGCAGCAACAGGAGGACUUGCAGAUGAUCACGAUGUCCUGUCUUUUCUGACCUUCCAGUUGACCGAGCCUGGGAAGGAAGUACCAACUCCAGAUGCAGAAAUUCCUCAAAAAGAUAAAGAGAAGUAUCAAGAAGAGUUUGAACACUUUCAGCAAGAACUGGAUAAAAAGAAAGAAGAAUUUCAAAAGGAGCAUCCUGAUGUGCAAGGGCAGCCAGCGGAUGAUCUUUUUGAGACCGUCGGUGAUCGAGAACUGAGGCAAAUCUUUGAGGGGCAGAAUCGAAUUCAUCUUGAAAUCAAGCAGCUUAACAGGCAGUUGGACAUGAUUCUGGACGAGCAGAGGAGAUACGUCUCUGCAGUCACGGAUGAGAUCGCUAAAAGAGGAGCUGGUUUUCCAGGUCAACAAGGACAGGUUUCCCAGCAAGAGAUUGAGACGGUUGUGAAAACUCAAGAAGAGGUCAUUAGACAAGUAAAUGAAAUAAGGAAUUCCGUGGCUGAAGCUGUGAGGUCCAUCAGCGCAGCUCAGCAUCCUGGCGCUGCUGCAGGGGGCUAUGACACAACCCAGCACUUCAACGACAUCAAAGAGCACCUUCAUGUCGUCAAGAGGGACAUUGAGCAUUUAGUGCAACGAAAUACGCCAUCUAAUGAGAAAUCCAAGUGUCCAGACUUGCCACCAUUUCCAUCGUGCUUAUCUACAAUGCACUUCUUCAUAUUUGUAGCGGUGCAAACAGUGUUAUUCAUUGGUUAUAUCAUGUAUAGGAGUCAACAAGAAGCAGCAGCCAAAAAGUUCUUUUGAUGACCUUUUCCUUUUGUGCGUACAUAACGGCUUUAUGUAUGCACAGAAAAUGAUACCUUUCUGUAAAUGAGGGAAAUUUUAGUGUUUGAUAUAUUUCAAUAUUGUAAAUUAUUGAAUUUUGUUAAACAAAAUGAGUUCUCACUUAAACUGUUGAUGCUAAAGUUAAAAACAGACUGUGGUGCAGCGGAGCAAACUCUGG